UUGCCGCAGAGCAGCAGGAGACAGAAAAAUGGCGGACCUCAGGAAAAUCUGUCCCGAGUCUUUGCCCUGCCGUGUCAACCACACACAGAAAACGUCCUUCCAGGGGAAGCUUUUCGUCUUUCUUUGUGUACUUAUAGUGGAUUCCGGAGGAGCCACGACACAUUGGGUCGUCACAGAGGAUGGGAAAAUUCAACAACAAGUGGACUCUCCUUUGAAUCUAAAACAUCCUCAUGAUGUGGUAAUCUUCAUGAGACAAGAAACUCGUGUAAACUACCUCAAGACUUUGGAGAAGCAGUUAGUAGCACAAAAGAUUCACAUUGAGGAGAAUGAAGACCGAGAUACAGGUUUGGAGCAGCGGCACUACAAAGAGGAUUCAGAUUGCAUAAUGGCUAAGGUGCCACUGGGAGACCUGGAUCUGUAUGAUGGUACUUAUAUCUCCUUGGAGAGUAAAGACAUGAGCCCUGAAGAUUAUGUCGAUUCACGAUCUGCUCUGCCCCCAGAUCUAGAAAAGCCAGACUGUGCUAAAGUUUUUGAACUACCUUAUAGUAUUCAUGCCUUCCAGCAUCUCAGGGGUGUACAGGAGAGAGCAAACUUGACCUCCCCUCUUCUUUCUAAGGAUGAUCCUAUUUUUAGUUCUUUAACUAAAAAGUUUGGCCGCACUAUUGAUGAAGUGGGCCACCGCAUUCAUCAGAGCUUGCUGAAGAAUUCCUCUUCCUGGGUGUUGUAUAACAUGGCAUCCUUUUACUGGCGUAUGAAAAAUGAACCUCAGAGGGCAGUGGACUGUGUAGUGCGUGCUUUACAUUUUUCUCCAAGACAGCACAAGGAUAUAGCGCUGAUAAACAUGGCCAACAUCCUGCACCGGGCCCAUUUCUCAGCUGAUGCUGCUAUUCUUGCCCACGCUGCCCUAGACCUUACCUCAGAUCUCUUUACAAGUCAUUACACAUUGGGCAACAUUUACGCUAUGCUUGGGGAAUACAACCACUCAGUGUUGUGCUACGAGCAGGCACUGCAGGCCCAGCCAGGCUUUGAGCAGGCCUUGAGGAGGAAACACGCUGUGCUCUGUCAGCAAAAGCUGGAGCAGCGCCUAGAAGCUCAACACAGAUCCCUGCAGAGGACUCUGAAUGAACUGAAGGAGUACCAGAAGCAACAUGACCACUACCUCCGCCAACAGGAGGCACUAGAAAAACACAAGCUGCUGCAAGAGGAGCAGAUUCUGCGCAAUAUUAUCCAUGAAACCCAAAUGGCCAAGGAAGCUCAGCUUGGAAAUCAUCAGAUGUGCCCACUAGGUCAGCAGCAACGCCGUCUGUACUGCCCCUUCGAUCUUCCUGUGCGUUAUCACCGGGGUGAUCUUUUUGAACAUGUCCACCAUGUCCAAUUUGGAGAGGCUUUGUCUGUAGCAUCCAGUGUGGCGCUUGUAUCAGAACGCAGCUCCAACCAGACAGCUUCCAGCCCCCAGCUCCGUCCCACUGUGUCUGGUGAUCAGGACCCUGCUGCAGCCCUCUGGGGUGGCCAUCAAGAGUACACACAGGACACACAGAGGACAUUGUGGCCUCAGAGGUCAGACUGUGCCCAUCAGUACCCAAGUAUACCACCUGCCCAUCUGCUACCAACCUACUUCCUCUUGCCUGAAGCACAGGGCCUGGGCCCAGUGGCAACUCUCCUGUAUAGCAGCGCUGGCCCCAUUUCAGUAGACAGUCCACCAGACUGUAGUCCUGUCCCUCAACCAUAUCCAGCUUUCCUCCCCGCCUCAUUAGACUGGCCCCUGGAAGAAAAGAAGCUGCCAGAUUCCUUUGCAUCUGAGAUGCUACAUUUACGCAGUGGAGGAUUUACACUGGAGCAAGUUGGCGACAGAAUAGCACAAGCUAUACAAGAAGCCACUAUACCCCACUGGCUGGUCAACAAUGAGGCAGCUCUAUUUUGGCAGGCCAAAGGCAACGGCAGUCGUGCCUUGCAGUGCCUGCGUCAGGUGUUGAACUCUGCUCCGCCUUCGCACCAUCACAUGGCCUUCACCAAUGCUGCUAACCUGCUGCUGCACUACGGUUUGACCCCCCAUGCACAAAUGCUGCUGGACCAUGUGUUGACAUUCAAUACAUCUGAGCCUCACGCCCUGCUCAGCUUGGUGAAUGUGCAUUUAGCCCAGAGCAAUGUGACAGGUGCUCUGGCCUUGUUUCGCCACAUUCUGGAGACAACCCUGUCCUCGUCGUCUUCCUUCUCAUCCAUUGCUGCCUGCGAGCAAUGUCGCACCAACCUGCCUUUACUACGCUGUCUUCAGUUCUACCCUUCACUUUACAAUCUUUCCCACCGACAACCUUGUUCACAAGAUGGAACCUGCAUGACUGAGGAAGACUUUGGCAUACAGCUGGAGGAAUGGGAGGACAGUGAAGAGAAGCAGGACGCAACUGCCAGUUCUGCCAUUGAAGACAUGUUGCUCUUUGAGAAUGUAAUCCUAGACAGUAAUGGCUCAGGUGAGGCGACAACACAGCAACAGGCUUCUCCCUCCUCCACAGGAACUGCCAAAAUGUCAUCAUCUUUUGGAGACGGAGGAGUGGAAAAAGAGGAGGAAUGGCAGCUGAAGGAGGACCUAAUGGGAGCGUUUGAGGGAGCGCUGGAUGUGGGAGGAAAACGCGGAGACCUGCAAGGCAUCAGAGUGCUGAAGAAUGACCGCAUCAUGGGGGCCCGAGCAGGAAGUGGACCGUGUUUUGGAAACUGUGAGGAUGAUGAUGGAGCAGAGUGGAUCACCUUCCAGGUAAAACGGGUUCGUAAAUCAAAGGCAGAUGGGUCAGAAAGUGUCUCAAUGACUGAUGACAGUCAAAACGAGGAGUCGAUACCUGGAGGGAGCUCUGUACUGGAAAUCAGUGGUCCAACUAUUCCAUCUCCCGGUCCUUCAGGUCGCUGGAGAGACUAUACAAGUCUUGGCUGGCCUGGACCAGAGGAGUGCCAGCGCACACGGAGGGUUGACCUCACUACUGUAGCUAGUACUUGGUUGGCUGUUUCUGCCAAGAAUAUUGACAUCACAGAGCACAUAGACUUUGCCACCCCACUCCAAGAACCUGCAGCUGAACCUUUAUGCAAUGCCAACCUACCUGCCAGUAUGCACACCCUUGACCACCUGGCAGGUGUAGCCAACCGCGCCUCCAUCCACUACACAGGGGAAGCCCAGCUGCGAGAGGUUCUGCAGAACCUUGGGAAAGAUAAGUUUCCUCCCCAGUCAUUUGAGCAGGUGGGAACUCGCAUUGCUAAAGUCUUGGAGAAGAAUCAGACAUCUUGGGUGUUAUCCAGCAUGGCUGCACUGUACUGGAGAGUGAAAGGUCAAGGCAAGAGAGCCAUCGACUGCCUGCGGCAAGCCCUUAACAAUGCCCCUCAUCACAUGAAGGAUGUACCACUUAUCAGCUUGGCCAACAUCUUUCAAAACGCUAGGUUAUGGGAGGAUGCCCUCACAGUCGCUCGCAUGGCUGUCGAGAUUGCACCGCACUUUGUCGUGAACCACUUUACCCUUGCCAAUGUCUAUAUUGCAAUGGAGGAGUUUGAGAAAGCAAUGCACUGGUAUGAAUCCACUUUGAAGCUGCAGCCAGAAUUCGCCCCUGCCAAAGAUCGACUGAGAACCAUUCAGUGUUAUCUGCUCACCAAGAGGGAGCGUCGCCAACCCUAAACCACUCAAUCUGACCAUAAACACAUCAGACACAUGCACACAUUCAGACAUUCUCUACCACAGGAAGUUGAAAGUCAACAGUCCUAAUUUUGUGUAUUCCAGGCCCCUUUUCUUCAUUGGUGGUCGAACAAGGUUCUGUUAAUUAGGUUGAACUGUAGAUAAUUUAGCCCCAUAACUGCAAGACCUUUGCUAUUUAACAAUCAAAACCUUGUGUUGCUCAUAUCAUGUUUUUUUCUGUUUGCUUAACUUUAAAAAUAUGUGGGGUUCAAAGUAAGUUAUACAUUUAAAGUCUGACUACUUCUGAUGUAACUUUUAAAUCAACCUGGGCCAACCAGAACACUUUAUUAUUAUUCUUCUUGAAGACAUUUUAAAAAUAAAAAUAACGUUUUGCUCCUCUGUUUUCAAGAAUAAUGACAUUGUUGGUGCCAGUUUUAAAUUCUAAAUGAAAAGGCUGUAUUACAGUAUUUUUGCAAGAAAUCUUUUGCUGAGGUGAUAGGGGAAUGUGCUUCUCAACUCAGAAGUUAAACGAGUUUUAAUUGAGCGAUAAUGCCCUCUCUGUGCUUUUUUCAAUGAAUGGGAAUUCUCGGUUUAUGCACUUUUUCUUUUUGUCAUUCCUAUUUAUAUGGGACCUACAAACUGAUUUUGCUACAAGCUAAUUUAAAUAUAAGAGUGAAAAUGAGAUGCCAUUUCAUUUGCUUCUCAACGUGGAAAUUACAUGGCAAAAAAGAAUUUAUCAUUGACAGUCUAUUAAAAAGAAAUCUGUAUUAAAUGUACAGUUUUAAAGGCA